AUGGACAUCUCGCAGGAAACAAAAGAAGGCGAAACUGGGGUGUCUCAGUUAGAGCAUGUCAUGACCGAAAAGGAUGUCACUCCAGUGCAGAACGAGGAUGAACCUCAAACCCCUUACCAGCUUGGUUGGCGGACGAUUCUUGCAGUCCUAACUCUGUCUAUGGCCAAUGUUUGUGCCGCGCUGUCUAAUACCACGAAUACUACGAUCAAAUUCCAGGUAGCUACUGUCGCGAGAUCGCCUUCCGAUGCUGCUCUCGCCUCGUGGAUUGCCAAUGGCAAUUUCCUUCUCAGCCUUGCCAUGGGUCCAAUCUUCGGCUCCGUUAGCGAUCGCUUGGGCAAGAAGUGGUUCCUUGUGGGAGGUGCUUCACUUGGAGUCAUUGGUUCCAUGAUCUCCGGGUCCGCCCAUAAGAUCACCGAUAUCAUCGGCGGCAAUAUCCUAACUGGAAUUGCAAAUGCUGGCUGUAUCGUUUCCAUCUCCUGCAUCCAAGAGAUCAUGCCCAACAAGCUUCGCCCCUGGGCAAUGGGCGUCUCCCAAGCAAUGGCCAGCGCGUUUGUGAUCCUCGGAACUUUCAUCGCAGCUGCAUUUGUGCAACAUAAUAUAGGGGGCGCUGGAGGCUGGCGUUGGGCGUACUACUUCAACGGAAUCAUCUAUGGUUUCACUGCGGUCGCAAUAGGGCUCACCUAUUUCCCACCUCGUCCGCAACUUGGCCGACAUCGCGCCUUCAAAGAUAUUUUGACCAAUGUGGACUUCAUCGGUAUCAUGUUGAUGGCAGGGUCCUUUACCGCUCUUAUUAUCGGUGUCACUUGGGGCGGUACUACAUACCCGUGGAAUUCGGGGCGGAUCAUUGCUACGCUGACCAUGGGAUGUGUCGGUCUUGUUCUGUUCGGAUUGUACGAAGCCUUUGUGAAGGAGGGUAUUCUUGAUCGUCGUCUGUUCUCUGAGUCGAUGAAUUUCCCUAUCUUGCUGUUUGUGUGUACGAUUGAUGGAAUUUUGCUUCUUGGUGUGAACGUCGCUCUUUCGCAGGAGAUCUUUGAUCUGUUCACUCAAGAUGCUGUCAAAAUUGCGGUGAUGCUCACUCCGUACCUGGCUCUAUCCACUUUUGGUUGUAUCCCGGCAGGUUGGAUCAUGGCGGCUACCAAGUCUUAUAAAACCCUGCUGGUUGCUGCUUUGCUCUGGUGUUCGCUUUUCACAGGCUUAAUGGGGCUCAUCACUCCGGAGAGGAAAAGCUGGGCAUAUGCCUUCUCUGCGUUAUUCGGCGCUGGUACAGCCGUAACGACAACCAUCCCAGUCACCGCACUCGCACUCUCAAUCCCAUCCUUCCUAAUCGGCACAGCUGCUACCGUCUCCAUGUCCUGCCGAGCACUCGGCGGCAUCGUCGGCAUCACCCUCUUCACAGCUAUAUACGACAACAAGUAUGCCUCAUACGUCGGGCCCGAGAUCGCGAAUAACUCUAAGGCCCCCGUUCAGAAAGUUGAGAGUGCCAGGGCUUGGAAGUACAUGUGGAUUACUCUUGCGUGCUUGAUUGCGGCGAAUGGUGUUGCCGCUUGUUUCUUGAAGAGCGUGAAGCGGAUGAUGAAUGAGCAUGUUGAGUCUGCGUUGGAGCAUAAUAAUGUGAGAGAGAAGCAGCUUGAAUAG